AUGGGUAGAGAGGACAAAGCGACUUGGAAAGCUAACUAUUUUGUUAAGUUGGUGGUAUGUAAUACAUUCAUCUGAAUUAUAUAAACUUAAGUUUCAUUUAAAAUAUAAUUCCUUUUAGAAUUUACUUGACGAAUUCCCAAAAUGUUUUAUUGUGGGAGCCGACAAUGUGGGUUCAAAACAGAUGCAGCAAAUCCGCAUCAGUCUUCGUGGAAACGCUGUUGUACUGAUGGGCAAGAAUACAAUGAUGAGGAAAGCAAUCAAAGGCCAUAUUGACAGAAAUCAAUCUCUUGAAAAGUAAAAUAAUUUUUAAAUAUACCUAUAUGGGUGUAAGCUAUAGGUACAUAUAAAACUUAAAUAAUAAUUAAUGAUGAUAGUGUCAACUGAAAAGUGGAGUCUUAACGCAUUAAAGCCAGAAAUGGUUGAACCCAUUGGUGCGGACAAAGCUUAUUGUAGUAAAAUGCUUUAUACGCAGUCUGAAACUUUUGUAGUUUAUUUAAAAAUUAUAUUAUAGUAACAGUAAUUGUGAUGAAAAAUGAUUACAUAAAAGAUCAAUCGUUAACAUGCCAAAGCCAGAAAUGGCUGAACCCAUUGUCAUGGAUUGAUUUUUAUUGAUGUUAAAUGCCUUGUGCAGUCUGAUUUACUGUGACAAAAAAUUCUAAAGUCUUAUAUUUGGAAUUUCUAGUUUUUUAAUUGAAAAAUUAUUUAUUUUAGGAUUAUGCCUCACAUUAGAGGAAAUGUAGGAUUUGUAUUUACUCGUGAUGAAUUAGUUGAGAUUAGAGAUAAACUUUUAGAAAACAAAGUACGUGCACCUGCUCGUCCUGGAGCUAUUGCUCCAUGCCCUGUUGUUAUUCCUGCACAGAAUACUGGUCUUGGACCCGAAAAAACUUCUUUUUUCCAGGCACUUUCUAUUCCAACUAAAAUUUCAAAAGGAACAAUUGAAAUCAUUGUAAGAAUAACAUGUGAAUGUGUAUUAAAUUUUUUUUUUUACCAAUGUAUUAAAUGUAAAAUAUUUUAGAACGAUGUGCAUAUUUUGAAAGAAGGUGACAAAGUAGGAGCUUCUGAAGCAACAUUAUUGAACAUGUUGAACAUUUCUCCAUUUUCAUAUGGUUUAGCUGUACAGAUGGUGUAUGAUUCUGGAACUAUCUUUGAACCAGCUAUUUUGGAUAUCAAGCCAGAAGAUUUGUUGAAAACUUUUUUGGCUGUAAGUUUUAUUUAAUUUCAAUAAUUAUGUGCUGGAAUUGCAUAGUUAAUAUUGUGUUUAUAUAUUAUACUAUUAAAACCCGAAGUGAUACUUAUGAACACGUGUAUUCAGAUUUAUAUUAAACCAAUUAGCAUGGUUUUUAUAUACAGGGUUUAACAGGACUAUUUGACAUUUGUAUGUGUAACUACCAUGUUUAUUGACUAUUUGUAGGCUAUUUGGCAUGAGUGCCAGAAACCAAAUUGUUCAGGAAAGUCCAAAAGCUAUUAUGUAUGGUAUAAUUUAAUCUUAAAAUUAUACCAAUUUAGUUUAAUUUACUUUUGACCUGAAAACCUAAAAAUUCAUUGCACUACUUACCACAGGCUUGUGCAGACCUUGCUGGUUUGCUAUACAUAGGAUGAUUCAAAAUUUAUGUCACUGCCAUUUUAUCAUAUAAAUAUUCAAAAUAAAGUAAAAUGUAUAAUGUUGGCGUGCUGCAUUUGAAUAGUAUUCCACUAUACCUUUCCCCUGCCUAAUCUAAAAAGUAAAAUAUUUCGUCAAUGAAUUGAUGGAAAUCAAAAAUUUUAACACCAAAGGCGAUAACAACUAAUGCUCCAUCAAUGUAUGAUAUUUUUAAUAGGUUUAGGUUCCUAUUUGAAUUUUAAAAGUUGACGCCCAUAAAAUACAGUAAAAUAAAUAAAAAUUAUAAAUUAUUUUAGAUGUUUAUAAAUAAAAAAAUGUUUGUAUUAUACAUACUUCUCUAUUUUUAAUAUUUAAAUGAUGAAAAUGGUAACAUAUUUUGAAUCACCCUGUAUGCAUAUUUUAUAAUAUAUUGUAUGUAAUAUAAUAGAAUAUUAUUUUGAUUAUUAGUUAUUAGUUCAAUUAUUAUAAGUAUUGGAAUUAUUGCCUAAGACACUUAUCAUAACAGUGAUAUUUAAACUUUUUAUAAAUUCCAAAGUCCUCUCUAUCUAGCUUCGCAACGCCCCACAUAUAAAAAUAAUAUAAAGUAAAUUUUGUCAAGCAGCCUUCAAACAGCCAAUAUAAUUCAAUUGACUCCAAAAAUGUUGAAAAGUUGAACUGAACUAAUGCAUUUUAUUGGUAGUCGUGUAGAUGUUUAGGUAUAUUUUGUAUAAUAAUAAAGUUAUGUGUGUUUUGUACUUAUUAAUUAUUUCCUCUACUGUUCAUGUUGGUAGGCUAUCUGCAGUAUUGUUUUUUUAAUGAUACAUUAAUGAUGAUGAUUUAUAAUUUUAUUUUGUCUUCUUUUCCCAUCAGAAGACUUGAUGUUGAUAAUAGAAAUCUGAAUUAAUUUGUUAAAACAGUAAAAGUAAGAGGAUAUGAUGAUGAUUCAUAAUUUAACUUUGUCUUCUUUUCCCGUCAGAAGACUUGAUGUUGAUGAUUUAAAUCUGAUUUUGUUAAAACAGUAAUAUUAGAAUGGUGAUUUGUAAAUUAAUUUUUUGGUAUCCUUUUUCUGCCUGAAAACUUAAUGUUAUUAAGUUUAUUUUCUAAAACUGUAAAUUACAAUGAAAAUCAUUUAAAAAUUUAUCAAAAUUAUGAUGAAUAUAAUUUGCUUUUUAAGUCUUUUCCCAACUGAUUUUACUGUUAUGAAUGUAUUUUUCAUAUAAUUAGUAGUUUUUUAAAUAAAUAGUUGAUUAUUAUUCAAAACCACUGUGGUAAACAUACUGAUAACAUCAUUGUAGAAAAAAAAUUGGUUACCAUAGAGAACAUAGGAAAUCAUUUAAAACAAGUAUCAGCGUCUCUAGCAGACAAUGGAUAAACAUUCAUUUCACCCACUGUAGCUGUUGCCCUCCGCCUACAAUUGUACAACAAAGGUUUGCUUAGUUAAUUUUUUUCAUGCCUUAAUUAUUGAUCACAAGUAGGGCAAUUUUUAUCAGUAAGUUUUUAACCACCUAUUUUGGUAUGCCUGUUGUCACGAUUGUAACAUUUGUAUAAUUAAAGAUUAAAAAAAAAAUGUAAUAUUAAUAUUGUGAAAAAGAGUUUAUAAAUAUUAUAUCAAAUUUUUAGGGAGUAUGUCAAUUGACUGCUGUUUGCUUAGAAAUCAACUAUCCAACAGUAGUAUCUGCUCCUCAUAUGGUGAUCAAUGGGUUUAAGAAUUUGGUUGCAAUUGCUGCUGAAACUGAAAUUGAAUUCAAAGAGGCUACGACUUUCAAGGAAUAUCUGAAAGUAAUGAACUAUAUUCUACAGUAUUAUUUUAUUUGACAUUAUUUAAUUAUGAUAACAUUCAUUUUAGGAUCCAUCAAAGUUCGCUGUUGCUGUUGCGGCUCCUGUGGAAAGUGCAACACCAGCACAAGAAGCAAAGAAAGAAGAAAAGGUUGAAAGCGAAGAAGAGGAAGACGAUGAUAUGGGCUUCGGUCUAUUUGACUAA